AUGAUUAAUAAUGUUUACUUGAUAAGGGCAUUCCCCGGGUUCCUCUUCAGAGUGUUGGCAAUUAAAAUGAUGCGUUUUAGUUUGUUGUGCCUUGUGGGGAGUGUGGUGGGAGUCUGGGGGAUUGAUGAUUUGGGGAUGCUGAGAUCUGUCAACCCGCAAGUGCCUUACAGUAUGGCCCUGAGGGUAGUCAGGCAGGCCAACAACAGAUUAACUAGUAACCUAGUAACCACUCUACCCGCAGUGAGCGACCCUCGGUUCCACUACAUGCUGGUUCUUGGAAUGGUGGACGCUACAGCACGCCGCCUUCUUGACGCGCAAGAAGACACUGAUCCCGAGCUUCAAUAUUUACUUGCUCUUAAAGAAGAUUUGCCUGGAGUUUACAGGAACCUGCCUAAUGCAAGUGCGGCUUUAUCUUCAGAAUUGUUAGCAGUUCAGGAAGCCGUGGAACCGUUAGUAAACCUUAUGGAACCGAUCUGCGAAGACUUGGACGAGAAAGACUGCGAUAUGCUCGUGGAACUACAGGUGGAACGAGCUAAUUCUAAGGAAUUGGACGUCGCAGUCGAUGCCCUGAAUGCAGGGCUGGUGUUGUCCAAUUUAUACCUUAAUCUUCACGAGGAACUGACAACUGUCUCCCGCGGACACUCCGGCCUUGGGUACAGUUUGUCAGCAACAGACACACUAUCAAAUCUUGCGGAUAAACUGAGAAAUGUUUUGGCUGCCGCAGAACUAAAUCCCAAUAGUAUAAUGUACUCGUAACACAAUGUAACAAUUUUUAAUCCUUUGCCAUGUAUAUAGAAAAGAUACAAUUGCAACGAUUGCAUGAUGAUUGAAUGAUUUUUAAUUUGCGUGACCUAUUUCAAUUCAGGACUCGUUUUAAAACACUGAGUUUUGAACUGAAUGGGGUAAUUAAUGUCAAAAAAAUUGUUCGCAGCUAUUUAUUGACUAUUUACCUGGGAAUUUAGAGGAUACAAUAUACCUUCCCCAAAUAGAGAAGCUCUAACAACAAUUUAUGCUUUUCUACAUGUUUAAUCAUAUCCAUUGCUUGGUAAAGGGUUAACUUAUCUCAAAAUAAUAUAUACUUACC